GCUUCUUUAAAUUAAGACCCAACGACUAUCCCCUCGGAGACAAAGCAGACCUACGAUUCGAACUCCAUCGCUUUCAAAAACUCUCUCUCUCUUUCCUUCUUAUUCUCCUCCUCUGCAAAACAAUGGGGUUCGUCUCCUUCCUCGGUCGCGUACUCUUCGCUUCCAUCUUCAUCCUCUCUGCUUGGCAAGCGUUCAAUGAAUUUGGUGUUGAUGGUGGACCUGCUGCCAAGGACUUGGUUCCGAAAUUUAAUGUAUUCAAGAAAAAUCUGUCUUCGAAACUAGGGGUUGAACUACCACAUAUAGAUGUUAAACAUUUAGCUGCUGCUACGGUAGCUCUAAAAGGGGUUGGAGGCAUUUUAUUCAUACUUAACAGUUCUUUUGGAGCUUCUCUCCUGCUUCUACAAUUGGCGUUUACCACUCCACUUAUCUAUGACUUCUACAACUACAGUCCUGACAACACCAAAUUUGGCAUACUCCUGAAUGAUUUCUUGCAGCACGCAGCACUUUUUGGUGCACUGCUUUUCUUUGUAGGGAUGAAGAACUCAAUUCCAAAGAGGCAACUCAAAAAGAAGGCCCCAAAAACCAAAACCGGUUAGAAGUACAUCGAGGGAGUAAUAGAUUUUCAAAAAGGGUCUAAAUUUUAGCUUCUUGAAGUGGCUGCUGCUCAGCAUCAUUACGACGGGGGAUUUUAAGCUACUUAUCAGUGCUCUUGUAAUUUUUUCCAAUGUUCCUUUUUAGGAUCCAUUACUUUGAUUAUUCCCUGUUCUGGGGUGAGAUAUACUGUUACUUCAACACAUGAACUGGUUGUUGUGGCCUUUUGUUCUUCGCUGAUAAGUCAUUAUAUCUACUUUUACUAAAUGAAAUUAAGAUUUUCUUGAUCGUAA